AUGAUGUUGCCGUCGACUGGAGGUCGGAGCCCGUUGCUCGCGCUUUCGGUGAGCGCUGGUUGUGUCCUGGUAUUCAUCUUUGCCUUCAUGGCUUGGCAGAGCCCUCCCCGUAUGGCUUUUCCCCAUAGGACGGGAGUUUCGAACUUGGCAGCAGCCAGCGCGCAAACUGACGCAACCAUAGGCGAGGUUAUCAAGUUACUGUACCAAAACCUCAAGGUUGCGCCAACCGAGCCCUUCAUCCGCGAACCGAAUGGCAGCCAUAUCUCUUUGCCACCAAACCCGCGCUACAAGAAGACAAUGGGCAGCGACGUCUUGAUUCUUGAUCUAGAGACACGCAAUCUAAAGUCUUCUGAGGCAUACCAGAAGGGUGAAUACGAUUGGCGCAACAUCAACCACGUUUCUGGUGGAAUUUUCAACCACUACACGUACGCGCUCGUCCAUGGAUACGAUUACAAGUUUGUUCAAGCACACGAAUUCGAAGACCGACAUGCGACCUGGAUCAAGCCCUCUGCGCUUGCCAACUACAUCAACGACUACAAGUUCAUCGUCUUCCUUGACGCCGACGCUGCUUUCCGCUUCCUACACGUUCCUGUCGAGUGGAUGCUCAACCACUGGGAUAUCAAGCCACACCACUCCUUCGUCAUGGCUAAAGAUCCCUGGAGCGAGAAGGAGCCCCAAUACAACUCGGAUCGCUUCAACCGCACCUACACCAACACUGGCUUCAUGAUUGUACAAAACAAUGAGAACACUAUGCCGAUCCUAAAGGCGUGGCACGAGUGCCCCGACGACACCCGAUACGCAAACUGCUCGCAAUGGAAGCAACCCCGAUUCCACGAGCAAUCCGCCUUCGGUGAAUAUAUCCGCUACGACUACGAGCAGUACAUCAAGGAGCUUGAGUGUGGUGAGGCCAAUGGCUUCCCUGGUGUCGAAGUCAGCAACUGCCAGGGCAAGCUCAUCCGCCAUUACUGGUUCGACAAGAGCAAUGUCAAGAUUGACUUCCGGGAAAACAUCAUGCAAGCAAUUACGCUUCCCAUACAAAAGAUUUUUGCACAGAACACCAGUGGUGUUGUAUUCCAACAAGAGCAUAAUGUCAUAUUGCAAUAG